UCCUGUCUACAACCAUCGACGCCCCAGAUAGCUCUAAAAUUUAUAUAGCUAACUUCCGAACCUCUCAAUCUCCUUAAGACGGCCCAUCGAACAUCUCAAACCAACCAACAAGUCGAUCAUCAAAAUGUCCACGCUAAACUAUCGCACCAUAAACAUCGACGCCCUUGACCCAGACUCACCCCAGAAUUUCCCUCUUACCACGCUUCUCCCGUCCACCCUUCCUCCGCCCCAAGGCUCGAGCGACGCCGCAAAUACAGCAACACAGGUGCGGCAACUCCUGCGCUCGGGCGACCCCGCCGCGGCGCUGAUUCACGUGCUUGACACGGCGCCCCUGGGCGGCGACGAGGGCGCGAAGCAGGUCCAUCUUGCAACGGUCAUUGAUGUCCUGCAGGGGAUUCGGCAGGGUGAGAUGGGGAGGGUUCUGCAAGCUGUGCUGGAUGGCCCGGGCGGUGUGGAGAGGGGGGAUUGUUUGAUGAAGUACUUGUACAAGGGUAUGGCGGCUGGAGGGCCAAGUAACGGUGCUCAGAGUCCCAGGAAGUCGGUGUCGCCGCAGAGCACGGGGUUCUCGCAGAUCCAGGCGCGGAAUCUUGGUGAGGGAGGUGGUGGGCAACAAAUGAGUGUGCUUUUGAACUGGCAUGAGAAGCUGGUCGAGUUGACGGGGACGGGGUCGAUUGUGCGUGUCAUGACGGACCGGAGGACUGUUUAGUCUUUAAGCGGCUUUCUCUGUUGUCAUUCAACUGUUUGUUCGUGAUACUGUACAGAAGCUAUAGACUAUGGCCUGAAAUCACCACCACCA